AUGGCUUUUGAUUGCUACUGCGCCAUCUGCGGCGUCGGGUUCUCGGGGAUGCACAUCGAAGCUCAGUCGGAAACGGCGAUGGAGCGACGGCGAAGAUGGGUUGCUAAGAGAACUCGUGCCCUGCAGCAGGGCAAGGACUUUAAUCAGAUUUCUCGCGAGGAAGGGAACGACGAGCCACCCAUUCGCAGCUACGACCCGCGCAUCGUCGGCACUGAAAAGAUCGAAUGGCUCUACAAAGCUCAUUGUCUCGCCAUGAACGAGGACUCGAAAGGGAAGGGAAAAGCAUUCAUCUCGGGACCGGGAUACUAUGCCGAUAUGACUCACCUCGACCCUUUCGCCGAGAUGUUUACGCAUGGUGCGGCUUACCCCCUUGACUCCCCCAUACAUGAAGAUGCAUCCGGGCCCGUCCUCCCAUUCCAUCAGUGCUGCCUCGAAAUCCUCACGCGAACCCUCACCGGAUCGGCCAAUACUCAGGAUCUCAACCUGGACGUCCUUUAUCAUAUCAUGAACACAUUGAGUAACGGAUCGUCUUCUGCUCUAAUGCUGAGUUAUGGAGACGAUUACUGCGCGACGCACCCCACGAACAUCCCGAAUCUAGACGUCUUCAUCGAAAGCAGCAUGACCACCCACGCCGGCUUGAAACUCCCCUCCGAAGAAGUCACCGCUGGCGACCGAAACCCCGCCAAUCCAUUCGGUCGGCUGCCAUUCGAGAUCGUUGAGCGCAUCUGUCUCUACCUGCCGGGAGAAUCGCUGAAAGCCUUGACGCAGGCCUCGUUGAGUAUCCAGUUGCUCACGCAGGACAACUUUUUCUGGAAACGUUUUAUGCAUUGGGAUAUGCCUUGGUUCUGGGAAUUGCAGACGAGCCAGACCCGGAAGAAGGCUCCGGAGGAUCUCAACUACAAGCGGCUAUACCUGUGGCUGGAUAGUAUGACGAUGCCUCGGUACGGCAUGGAUGACCUGAGCGUGAUUGGCGUCGCAAACCGCCGACGUAUCUGGGGUGUCUGUGAGCAGCUGGCGCCACAGUAUCACAAGGGACUAAACCAGACGCCUGGUGAAUUCUCACGAUGGGGAGCAGUGUGUUGA